AGAAAAGGCUUUAUUGUUGAAAAGGCACUAUGAAGAGACACGUUUAAAGUGACGGUAGGAAUAAAAAUCUUUGUUUAAAAUGAUCUAUUUUAUAGAUCUAUCUUUAGGCGUUGUAGUUAAGUCAACAAAGUUAACCGGUUUCAACAAGAUAUUCUACAAAAGGGCUACAGGUGGAUAAAAAGAUACGGAUAUUCUUUCUGAUGAAAUAUUUGAUGUAAUUUGUUCAAUAUGUAAGAAAUCGGGUAUAAAAACUGAGAGUGAAAAAUUUGUGAAGAUUGCAUGAAACAAAUGAAAAUGAAAUAAGGACAAGCUAAAAUCUAUAUUGAGACGUUUUAUUGAUCAACAAAGUAAACAGGUUUCAAAAAGAUAUUCUGCAAAAUGGCUACAGGUGGAGAAAUAGAUACGGAUAAUCUUCAUGAUGAAAUAUUUGAUGUACUUUGUUCAAUGUGUAAAAAUCGAGGUAAACAUUCUGAAGGUGAAAAAUUCUGUGUAGAAUGUCAUGAAUAUUUCUGUUUAAAUUGUGUCACAGUUCACAGUCAAGUUCCUCUGUGUGUUGGUCACAAGGUGUUGGAUAAAUCUCAAGUUAAGUCAGGAACCAGUAAAGCUCUACCGACGGCACCAGCAGAAAGAUGUGACAGACACAGUCAUAAACACAUUGAUAUGUACUGUCAGAAUCAUGAUAAUGUUGGCUGUUCUACAUGUAUGGCAAUUGAUCACAGAUCAUGUAAGGAUAUAUUCUAUAUACCAGACUUCAUCCAAAACAAAUCUUACCAAGUGGCUUCAAGAGAAAUUCAAACAAAGCUGAAGGCAUUAGCCAAGAUCUUUGCUGUACAAGCUAACAACUUUCAACAGGAUAAACAGAACCUUCUGAAAAGAAAGGCUGAAUUACUGGAUGAUAUCAGAAAAUUCCGACAAGAAAUUAAUGAUCAACUUGACAAGCUUGAGAAGAGUUCUAUAGAUGAGAUAGCAAAUAAAUUCAAACUUCUUGAAGACAAGAUUGAAGAAGGUCUCAAACAGCUGCAAGAACACAAAGCAAAGGUCACAUCAGCUUAUGAUAAAUUAGCAUCUCCAAACCCAAAUCAAGCUGAAUUGUUUGUUCAUGUAAAAAUGGGGGAAGAUGCUGAAAAUGUUGCCAACAAAUUUAUAGAAGAUACCAAAGUGAAUAAAACAGUAAGUGACAUAGAGUUCCAUUCUUACAGAAAUCUCCUUCAACAGCUGAAACAAAACAAAUCAAUUGGCAUGCUAACAGAGAAAACUAUAGAGACUGCUGACAAGUUGCUUCAGAUUACAGGAGGACAAUCGUGCUGUGUCAAACAAAAGUCUGAUGAAGAAAUUAGUGAUAUCUACUCUGCCUGCUACAUGGAAGAUGAUACAAUAAUCCUAGCUGAUUUCAGCAACAACAAGCUUAAACGGUUAGAUAGUCAAAAUUAUAUCAUCACAGAUUGCUAUAAUCUACAUGGAGAGCCAUAUCAAAUAUGUAAAAUUCAUGAAACACAAGUAGCAGUAACAUUAUACACCAAACAGGAAGUUCAUUUCAUUUCUGUAGACAGUCAAAUGAAAACAUUAAACAAGAUUAAAACUGAUUUUUACUGUAUUGGUCUUGCAUAUGCAAACAAUGAUUUAUAUAUUUCAGAUAAGACAUCAGUCUAUAUCUACACAAUGUCUGGCAGGAAACUUAAACAGUUAAGUACUGACCAGCCAGGACAGAAACUGUUCUCUGACAUACAAAGUCUAGCUGUCAGUAAGGAUGCUACAAGGAUUUAUGUUGCUGAUGGUCAUAAAGGACUGAAAGUACUAGACAACAAUGGUCAGAUUGUUACAACAUUUAAUGGUGAACAAUUAAAGAGGGCUUCAUAUUGUCAUCUUACUGAAGCAGGUAGUGUGCUGGUAUCUGGAUUUGACUCCAAUAAUGUUUUACAGCUUACAUCUGAUGGUAAGCUGAUAGGAGAGGUCAUAAAAGCUGUCAGUGGAAAACCAGGAAUUCGGUCAGUAUGUUGUAAUCAACAAAUGUCUAAGAUGUGUAUAAGCAGAUUUAACACAGACAACAUUGAAGUGUAUGAUAUCUGAUCAGUUGAUAAGUAAAUAAAUUUAAAAAAAACAAUGAUUUAUAAUCAUGAUAUCAAUUAAGAGUUAUUGUAAUAUAAAUGUUAAACAGAGUGUUAUAAAUGUCAAUGAUAAAAUUGUUAUUGAAGGAUGUGGUAAUUGUCAUUAAAUAUAAGAAUGAAUCUACAACAUGAAAUAAGACAAUCAUGAAAAAAAGUGAUAUGAACAUAUAUGUUUUUGCAUACUCAGAAAUUCUUUAUAUAUGAUAUACAACUAUGCACAAGUUAUCAAGGUGAUUUGAGAGUAUGACAUUAUAUUAUAAAUGGACAUACAUAUAAGUAAAUAACAUUUUUAUAUUGUAUAUAUUAUACAUGAACAUAAUUCAUAACAUAAACAUAAAGUGAAUUACAUUUUUUUAUAUUCUCAAAGAUUCUAUAUUUAUCCUAUACAAGUUACCCAAGUAGAUUAUAGGAAUAUGCUUUAGAUAUUGUAAUGAAGCAUAUUUUAUAUAAUACUAAAAUAUGUAUAUACAAUUAUUUCAUUGUUAAAAAAAAAUUAUAUUGUGUAUUGUAAAUAAUAUAUACAUGUUCUAACAAUAUGCUUAUAUCUACUUUACAUGAAACCACAGUUGUAUAAUGGCAAAACAAUUUUCAUUAUUUUACAUAAUUACUUGAUUUUUAAUGCUUUGUAUGACAUUAAAAUGGUAUCUCUGUGAUGUUGCUUGUACAUGUUGCUUAUCAUUUGUAAAUCAUGUUGCAGUCACAAGAAAAAAAUAUGUAUAAUUGUAGAUGUUUAUCAACAAGAUACUAAUAAUUUGAAUGAUGCAAAAAAUUUCAGAAUAAACAAAUUGCCUGAAACAAUCUU